UUGCCUGAUGAAAUGGUUUCGUUAUUCAUUAAUAAUAAAAGUUUCGUCAAUUAUCAGGCAUCAUUACUUGACUCUAACCAACAACAAUCCUUUCAUUUCAACUACUAUACCAAAUUACCUGAAAAAAUAAUUAUUCAAGAAGAAGCAAGA